AUGACAUUCGCUCUAACUGUCUCCUGCGCUACAAGCGUAGUGGUUAUCACCGCUUCGCUAUGCUCAGUUUUUGUUAUCAUGAAUGAUAUCAACAAGCUUAGCGAGGAUAUUUCCUUGGGAAUGGAGAACUUCAAGGAUGUUUCUGAUGUUACCUGGGGAAACAUCAUGGCUCUCCAUGGAAGCUCCCGUCAUCAAUCCGUCUCUGGGCACCGUGAAGUCAAGAAGCUAAUGGGAAUCAAUCUCCGUAACAAGAGACACUCUGAUAGCUGCCAAUGUGAGGCUCGCGCUGCUGGUUGCCCAGCCGGGCCACCAGGAGAGAAGGGAGAGCCAGGACUUGGAGGACUUCCAGGACCAGACGGAGAGGAUGGAAAAGAUGGAGCUCCAGGAGUCGCUCUCCUUGUCACCCACGACAUUCCAGGCGGAUGCAUCAAGUGCCCAGCCGGACCACGUGGACCACGUGGAGACGCCGGACCACCAGGACCACCAGGAAACGGAGGACGUCCAGGACAACGUGGAACGCCAGGAGAAGCUGGAACCCCAGGACCACAAGGAGAGCCAGGAGAGACCGGACCACAGGGACCACAAGGAAGACCAGGACAGCGUGGAGAGACUGGACAACCAGGAACCGUCUACACUCCAGGAAAUCCAGGACGUCCAGGACCACAAGGGCCACGUGGACCACAAGGAGAGCCAGGAAAGGAUGGAUCGAAGGGAAAUUCAGGAGAAUAUGGACGUCAAGGACAUCCAGGAAAGAAUGGAAGAACUGGAGCUCACGGCAAGGAUGGAGCACCAGGAAAGUGUGGUGGAGAAGGACCAAUCGGACCAGACGCUGGAUACUGUCAAUGCCCAGCUCGUUCCAACUAA